UUUUUUCUUUUUCUCCUUCUUUAUUUCUUCAUACUUCUCUUUACUUCUUCUCUCUCAAUUCUCCAUAACCGAGAACUGUGUGAUGUUUCUGAUUUAUUAUUUUCAAUUUGUUCUUUGUAUUGAGUUUGAAAGUUUGAUUGAUGAGAAAACCUAGAAUAUGAACUUUCUAAUCGGGGUGUGAUAGAAUUGAACCCCUUUGGGAAAAAUUGCUUUGAUUCCACCUGUUAUAUGGUCUUCUCCGUUUCCUGCCCAAGGGGUCUUGGGUUGUUCCUGUUUUUCUACAAAUCUGGCUAUAAAAAAUGAAAACUGACAAACAGCUUCUGUCUUUUUUUUAAAGCUCUUAUUAUGAGCUUAAACUUAAAAGUAACUGAAAAGCUGCAAAAAAGUUGGGCCAAACGUAACCUAAACGUAUUUGUGUUAGUAGAAGCUGAUUCUAAAAUUUCAUUUUUAAGGGAUUGAAUGUUUUCUUUCAAUUCCAAUAUAGAUAUUUUAUUUCCAAUUGUGAGAGUGAGAGAGUUCAUGACCAUUUUACAUUGUCCUUAGAUUCUAAAACUUUACUACCGCACAAUCAACUGAUUUUAUGUUUGUCUAUGAUAUUUUAUGUGAGAAGAUCUUUACUUUACUCUGAAAUAACUCCCUUCGUCGAAUUUAAUUACGGCUUCCGCUAUGCACUCGAAUAUAUGUGAAGGUGGUGACAAUAACAAUUCUCAUUAGUCAUGACUAAUAACCAAGACCUUCCAAAUUUACAAAUUGACCCACUCAUUUUUUUUAUAACAGCCCACUAUAUUGGGCCUUGCAACCUUAAACCACAGCCCAUUAAACCCCUGCGGAGUCUUCUUCAUGUUCUCCUCCUCAGUCACCAACCACCGCGAACCGCACUCGAAAGAGUUCAACGGCCACCCAAAACCACCACCACCACCACCACCACCACCACCGUUCCUCAACUCAAUCACGCACCCUUAACUCGAACCAUGUCCAUUUCGUUAUCUUCACUCCCCGCUCGUCUCACACUCGUCGCUCUCUUCUCCGCCACCACCUUCUACUGCCUCUACAAAUCUCGCCGCUUACGCCACCUCAAACUCUCUCUCUCCUCCUCAAACCCUAAACCCUCAAUCCCCAAGAUCCUCUUCCUCUCCCAAACCGGAACCUCCAAAACCCUCGCGCAACGCCUCCACAGCUUCCUCGCUUCCAACGGCGUCGUUUUCGAACUCCUCGAUGCGCGGAGCUACGAGCCCGAAGACCUCCCCAAGGAAACGCUCCUCCUCCUCGUCGCUUCCACGUGGGAAGACGGGAAACCUCCGCCGGAGUCUCGCUUCUUCGCCAAUUGGCUCGCUGAGAGCGCCGAGGAUUUUAGGGUUGGUUCGUUGCUGCUGUCGCGGUUGAGGUUCGCAGUUUUCGGUGUUGGAAGCGGAGCUUAUGGUGACUCGUUCAAUGCCGUCGCGAGGGAUCUUGUGAAGAGGAUGAGGGAGCUGGGUGCGGCGGAGGUGGUUCCUCUCGGUGAAGGGGAUGUUGAUGAGGGAGACGUGGAUGGGGUUUUCGACCGGUGGUGUGCGGAGGUGGUUGGGGUGUUGAAAGGUGGUGAUGGUGUUGUUGUUGGUGGUGUGGAGAGUGAUGAGGAAGGUGGUGUUUUGAGUAGCUCUGAAGAAGAGGAGGAUUCUGAGGAGGAACCGGAUAUUGUUGAUCUUGAGGACAUUGCCGGUAAAGCUCCUUCGAGGAAGUCCGGGGCGAAAGUGGAGGAAACCAAUGGAAAAUUGAAUGGAAAGAAGGAAAUGGUGACUCCAGUGAUUAGAGCAAAUUUAGUGAAGCAGGGGUAUAAAAUUAUUGGUUCACAUAGCGGUGUCAAGAUUUGUAGAUGGACCAAGUCUCAGCUUCGAGGACGAGGUGGUUGCUACAAGCACUCAUUUUAUGGAAUCGAGAGCCAUAGGUGCAUGGAGGCAACCCCUAGCUUGGCAUGUGCAAAUAAAUGUGUUUUCUGCUGGAGGCAUCAUACAAAUCCAGUAGCGAAAAGUUGGCAGUGGGAGAUGGAUGAUCCAAUAGAGAUUGUAAAUUCUGCACUAGAUCAACACAGAAAUAUGGUUAAACAGAUGAAAGGAGUUCCUGGAGUCACGUUGGAGCGAUUAAAUGAAGGCCUUUCACCACGGCAUUGUGCAUUAUCUCUUGUUGGUGAACCUAUUAUGUACCCAGAGAUAAAUGCACUAGUUGAUGAGCUGCACAAAAAGAGGAUUUCCACUUUUCUAGUUACAAAUGCACAAUUCCCUGACAAAAUUAAGUCGCUGAAGCCAAUCACCCAGUUAUAUGUCAGUGUAGAUGCUGCAACGAAGGACUCUUUAAAGGCAAUUGAUAGACCACUCUUUGGAGAUUUUUGGGAGCGGUUCAUUGAUUCCUUGACUGCUCUGAAGGAAAAACAUCAGCGAACUGUAUACCGCCUGACCCUGGUGAAAGGUUGGAACACUGAAGAGGUUGAUGCUUAUUCCAAGUUCUUUAGUAUGGGAGAACCUGACUUUAUUGAAAUCAAGGGAGUUACAUAUUGUGGCUCGACCGCUACAUCAAAAUUGACAAUGGAAAAUGUCCCUUGGCAUGCUGAUGUGAAAGCUUUCUCAGAGGCCCUGGCUCUGAAAAGCCAAGGGGAGUAUGAAGUUGCUUGUGAGCAUGUUCACUCAUGUUGUGUCCUCUUGGCAAAAACUAAGAAGUUCAAAAUUGAUGGCCAGUGGUAUACAUGGAUAGACUAUGAGAAAUUUCAUGAUCUGGUGGCUUCUGGAGAAACUUUUGAUAGUAAAGAUUACAUGGCUGUCACACCAUCCUGGGCCGUUUAUGGAUCAGAGGAAGGUGGAUUUGAUCCUGGACAAUUAAGAUAUAGGAAAGAGAGACAUCAUAAGUCAAAGCCGCAAUAAAACAGGUUAGAAAUUCAGGAGCUGUGGGCAGACAAAAAUCCAAUUCCCAUUUCAUCUUUUUUCUCUGGGGUAUAACUCAAUAGGUUAUCCAACAUAUUGCAAUAGGGUAGUUUGGUAAUACAUGGCUUUAUACAUAGGUUAAACAAUUUUGGUGUGUAUUUAAGCCCUGGUGUUUUCCCAAUUUAAGGCAGUUAAACAGAGCAAUUUUUAUUAAUUUACGACACAUAUAACCUUGGAUGUCAAUGUUAUAGUUGCAGAAUAUAGAGAUUAGUCUUGCAGCAAUUUGUUUUAGAAAUUGACACUGGAAGAGUAUGCUUGUGCUUUUGCUGUGAUGGCAUGGCAUAUGGUGGUGCUUGCCGUAGUUUUCUAUUUCUAGCAUUGCCAUUUGUUUUCCUCAUUCCUUCAGUUGGCCUUGGAUGAAGGAAGGUAAAAUUAAAAUAUGCUAAUGCUAACGCAAAGCAAACAAAUAAAAUGUAUAAAUAUCAGAACAAUGUUGCUCUCUGAAUUUCUUUUUAGAGUUGAUUGUGAUGUGUUAUUAA